AUGCAGUUCUUUAAGGUUCUGACUUUCUCUGUCUUCGCCGCCAUGGCUGCCGCUGCUGCCCUCCCUGCUCCAGAAGCUGCUCCUGCCCCGGCUCCUGUGGCUGAGCCUGGAUUCGGUGAAAAGCUAAUGACCAUCCUAAGAAGUAUUCUCUGGGAGGCGUUGAAGGGAGAUGCUGAUAUCUUCUCGCCAGACGACAAUGAUGACAAUGACGAUGAUAACUAG